AUGUUGAAUCCAAUUGGAUCGUUCGAUUUCAAGAGACUGACGUACUCCUUAGCACGAUCAUCUCCAGCUUCGAAAUGGGUUUUUCCGUUCUGCUCCGGUAAGCCCUGUUUUGCUACGUUCUCUCUCUGGAAGUUGAAGAAGACGAAACGGCCGAGGAAGAGGGAGAGACCUGUGCUGAGACUUAUGACGAUGGAAGGGCUUAGCUCAGCUCUCACGACAGCGGAGGAGGAUUUUCUCCCGGUGGUUGAUAGUUUGGGUAGGGCGGAGGAGGAGCCACCUAGACGGAGGGGACGAAGGCCAUGGAAUGAGAUGGAGUUAGGGUUUUUGUGGGAGAUUGCAGUGGAGAAUGUGGUUGGUGAGAGCAAAGCUGAUGCGCUUGUGGCCAUUUUGCUUCUUCUUCUUCUUCUCUAAGAAAAAUUUCAGUAAUAGAAAAAUGAGUGGUUUUGGAUUUAUGAUCUGAAGGUUUGGUUUUGGAUUCU